UAUCUCUCUCUCUCUCUCUCUCUCUCUCUCUCUCUCCACCUUCCAUUUAUAUUCCUUUGUCUUCCAUUUCCUCCACUUUGUCCACAAUCUCAUACCCACAUAUUUUCUACCACUUUCUCAGUCUCUCUUCUCUUGUUAGGGCAUAAAAAUUAGCCAUGGGUCGAUCUCCUUGUUGUGAGAAAGAACACACCAACAAAGGUGCAUGGACCAAAGAGGAAGAUGAGCGUCUUAUCAACUACAUCAAACUUCAUGGAGAAGGUUGUUGGAGGUCUCUCCCCAAGGCAGCUGGCUUGCUUAGAUGUGGCAAGAGUUGUAGGCUUAGGUGGAUAAACUACCUGAGACCUGAUCUCAAGAGGGGAAACUUCACAGAAGAAGAAGAUGAACUCAUCAUCAAACUUCACAGCUUACUUGGAAACAAAUGGUCUCUUAUUGCUGCUCGCUUACCUGGAAGAACAGACAAUGAGAUCAAGAACUAUUGGAAUACCCAUAUCAAAAGAAAGCUCUACAGCCGUGGAAUCGAUCCUCAAACUCACCGUCCUCUCAACUCCGCCGCAGCUGCCACCGCCACCACCACCACCACCACAGCCUCGGCGGCACUCAGCAAUUGCUGGAGCAGCAGCAACAAUAACAAAAAUAAUAAGGGCAGCAUCAAUGUUUCUAAAAUAGAAACACACAAUUCAUUAGCACAAUUUGUGCAAGCGCCAGAGUGUAUCGGUAGUAUGAAGAUAUGCAAUUCCAAUAUAAAGGUUCGCACAGAUUCAUCAGCUGAAGAUUCCAACAGCAGCAGUGGAGUGACCACAGAGGAAGUUUGCCCAGAAAUCAAUCUUGAGCUAUCUAUAGGCCUUUCAUAUCACCAGCCUCAAGUUUCAUCUAUAAAUUUUAUUAAGCAGAAGCAAUCAAACCACCAUCAGCAGCAGCACCACCACGACCAACAGCAGCAACCGCAACAGCAAAACUUGGCAUAUGUAUUCUCUGAGGCGCCUACUAAAGCUGUAUGCUUUUGUUGCAGUCUAGGGUUGCGGAGUAAUCACACAUGUAGUUGCAGAGUGAUGGAGACAUCUUUAACAGCUGAUAGCUUCAGUAGAUAUUACAGGUCGUUGAAUUCUUAAAGCAUGGGAACUGGGAAAUUAACAAACAAUCCCAACUCAUAGAUUCCAACAGUUUGCGCAUCUAUAUAUAUUUUCUAUGCUCAUCAA